GUUCUUCAUUAGGACGGUUUUGACGUGUUUUGGCGUUUCACAGUACCUUCCGACUCUCGUGCUAGCAUGUCUCGUCUCCCAUAUCCAAGCCCGCUCUCCGGCCCUUUCUGGUCCAAGACACAACGCCUUGCACACAAGUGUCCGCGUGUGCCGUCUUCUCUCCUCCCUGCCGGCUGACCUAGGACAACGCCUUCCAAGUUUCCCUAUUGUGUCUGCUCCCGGGGUCUCUCAGCUUCUGAUAAGCUCCCCUUUUCCUCGCCGAGCUAGGAAGCAGUGCCUUCCUCCUUUGUCUACAUGUGCCGUCUUUCGUUUCCCAGGACUACCCGGUCUCUGCUGCCUAAGGAUCUGUGCCUUCCUGCUGUUGUGUCUACGUGCAUGUGAAGUGUUGCGUACUCAUCCCGACUGCCACCCCUGCCCUUGCGAACAUAGAGAGUAGCGCCUUCCUUCUACUGUGUCUGCAUGCGUGGUCUUUUGAUUCCUCGCCGCCCCACACCACCUGCCACCUCUGCCUACAAAAUUUCCCACCUUCUCCCGUCCUGCCUCCAAAAUCUGCCCUCCUACAACCUCCCACACUUUCACAGUCACGCGUCUCCAGCGCCCACCCUUCAAUCAAGCCUCAGUUCUAAUCACCAGUCCAGGCUCACACACAGUCCUCAGGCUCACACACAGUCCCUAGGCUCACACACAGUCCUCAGGCUCACACACAGUCCUCAGUCUCUCUCAUACAAGUCUACUCUUUGACAAGUCAUCCAUCUCUUCCAAUCACACCUCGCCAAAUCACCUUCAUCGUUCACCCCUGCACGGCUUCAUCAUGAACGGCUACACAGCAUCCCCUCGGCGUCGGAGACUGACGAAAUCAGUCUACUUGAGCAGCCAGCUCGGCUUAUCCCUCGUCCCCCAUACCCCGAUUUCGACUACCACUGCCCCAGCCGGCAGGCUGUGCCCAACGAAGACCCGGUCAAAAUCGUCAUCGGGCCUAUCACAGCCAUCGCCUACGAGGCGUGGUCCCUGGAGCGGGACAACAUACACGACUACUUCGCCCAGAAGUUGUCGGAAGGAGCCGCAUCUAAGC